AUGGAAUAUUCAGGGCUUGUUAUUAUUAUUGGUGAUGUAUUAGCAGCACUUGGUACAUUUUUGUUUGGAAAGUAUAUAUUUUCGGAUUGGGUGGUGACUCAAGUUGAAAAAAGACCAAUGUUUAAAGCUUUAAAUGCUGUGAUAGCAGAAGAAGAUUGUAGUGAUGUUAAGUUAUUGACAUUUCUUUGGGCAACUGUAAUUGGUGUAAUUCCAGGAACUUUUAAUGCUGUAUGGAUUGGAUCAUUGGUUAAAAGUUUGAGUGGAAUUGAUAAACCAAAUUUAGAAAAAAAAGACAUUGUCAUUAUUACAAUGAAUUUUAUUAUUGCUGCAUGUUGUGUAAUUGCAUUGUCUAUAUUGGGUAAAAGAUCUUUAAGAAAGGCAAUGGUGAAAUUAGAAGCUUCGAGAGACACAGAAGAUGAUCAAGGAAAUCCACCAAUAAAUGUUCCAAAAUCAAAUAUUGUGGUGGAUGAAGAAUCAAUUCUAAAUUCUAGAGCAGGAAAAUUCACAUUUAUCGAAAAAAUUGUUUUGACAGUUAUAAUAACAAUUGCUUUUCUUAAUUCAAGAUUUUCACAACCAAAUUCCUCGCGAAAAUAUAAACAUUCAAGACAAAAAAAUUUUCCAACAAAGGAUCGUGCCAUACUCGAUCUAAAAGUUCAACGAGACAAAUUAAAACAAUAUCAGAAAAAGAUUAAAGUAGUUGCAGAUAAAGAAACUGAAAUAGCAAAGAAAGCAUUAAGUCAAGGAAACAAACGAACAGCUUUAUUAGCUUUAAGAAAGAAGAAAUAUCAACAACAAUUAUUAGAGAAAACUGAUACACAAUUAUUUAAUUUAGAAGAAUUGACACAAUCUAUAGAGUUUGCAUUGGUGGAAAAAGAUGUUUUUGCAGGAUUAGAAAAAGGGAAUUCAAUAUUAAAAGAAAUUCACAAAGAAAUUUCAAUUGAAAAAGUAGAAAAAUUAAUGGAAGAGACUGAAGAUGCUAUAUCAUAUCAAAAUGAAAUUGAAGAGUUAUUAAGCAAAUUUUCCAAAGUUCCUGAUACUCAACUUCCUACAGUCGAAGAAAAUCUUGUUGUUGAUCAAGAAGAACAACUAGAAACAAAAUUAAAACCUGAAAAAGCAAAAUCUAAAAAGAAACUGGAAGCUCCCUUAGAGGCAGCUUAA